AUGGUUUCAUAUGUGGGGAUACUGGGGAAAGUAGAAGGUUGGGAAAUUUGGAGCUUGGGUCGAUCAGAGACUGUUAGGUUUGGACUAGGUGAAGGUGGUGAUUCAACUAAAAGUUCUAUAGUCCGGAGUUGGAAGAACACCUCUCUCCCUAUUACUGAGCGAGCAACAAGUGAUGCUGAUCCAAGUCAGGUUAAGGGGAGAGUUUUGAAGAAGCCUACCCGACAGAGGAAAGCCCUAAAAGAUGUAACCAAUGGAAUUGCUGUUAGACCCUUUGUUAUUCAACCACAAGUUGUUUCACAGGCUCUUAACUCAUCUGCUCCUUCUCCCUCAAAGGCCUCUGACCCAAAUGAUGUUGUGAGUACUCUAUUGGGAAAGGAUGAGAAUGUUUACAUGGUCGGUACAAUAUCAUUGGUGUGUGCUAGCUCAUCUGGGGUAAGUAAAGAUAUUAUUACUGAAGAUGGUAGUUCUAAUGCAGAUAUGUCUAUUACCUCUCUUGUCACUGAAUCUGCGGAUAAGCAAUGGUUCUUCACUGCUGUUUAUGCGAGUCCUGAUCCUGUUUUACGUGAUGAGUUAUGGUCCUAUUUGGAUAAUUUUAACUCCCAUUGUACUAUCUCUUGGCUUAUUGCUGGUGAUUUUAAUGAGUUAAUUUCAGAUGCGGAUAAACAAGGGGGACGAGCUGUUCUUGGUGGGGGUAGGUUUGCAACUUGGGUUGACAGAAACUUCAUGAUUGAUAUGGGCUACAUUGGUGCUGAUUUUACUUGGAAGGCUACCAGAAAUGGGGAAGAGAUUUUGGAGAGAUUGGAUAGAGGCAUCUGUAAUAUUUCGUGGAGACAUGAGUUCCCAGAUGCUUUUGUUCAGCAUGUUGCAAGACUUAAAUCUGAUCAUUGUCCUAUUUUUCUCAGUUUAAGUAGAGCUCAAACUCCUUCUCUAACUCUCAAACCGUUCCGUUUUGAGGCAAUGUGGCUGAAUCACUCGGGGUUUGGAGAAUUUGCAAAGCAAAAUUGGUCUAUGGAGGAAGUUUCAAUCUCCAACAAAAUGGCCUUGUUUACAGAUGCAGUGAAGAAAUGGAAUGUGGAAGUUUUUGGGAAUAUCUUUAGGAAAAAAAGAAGAUUGAUUGCUCGCCUUGCAGGUAUUCAAACGGUCCUCUGCCAAAGGAAGUCUCCCUUUCUUGUGAAUCUGGAGAAGGAAUUGACGAAAGAAUAUCAUGAGAUUUUAUCCAGUGAAGAGAUUUUCUGGAAACAAAAAUCGAGAAAUACAUGGCUGAGAGAGGGGGAUAAGAAAACCAAAUUCUUUCAUCUGUCCACCAUUAUUCGUAGAAGAAGAAACAGAAUUGAAGGGCUUGAAGAUGAGUAUGGCACUUGGAGGACUGAUAGAAAUUAUCUGCACUCUAUUGCUGUUAGCUAUUUCAAGGGAUUAUUCAGAGAAAAGAAUACUUUAGGAGUAAUUGAAGCUAUUCCUAAUCGUUUCCCAAGAAUUGAUCCAAGUGAUCUUGGUGACCUCAGUCGUGAUGUUUCUGAAUUAGAAAUAAAGACUAGUAUGUUCUCCAUUGGUGGGCUCAAAGCUCCAGGUCCUGAUGGAAUUCCUGCAAAGUUCUUCCAGGCUCAUUGGUCAACAUGCAAAGAUGACAUUAUUAAGAUGGUUAAAGAGUGCUUUGAUAAAUGUGAGCUCCCUGAAAACCUGAAUAACACACUCAUUGCUUUAAUUCCCAAAGUGGCAAGCCCUCUCUCCAUGAAGCAGAUGAGACCGAUUAGUCUUUGCAACACUUUGUAUAAAGUGGUCUCAAAGAUCAUUGUGCAAAGAUUAAGGCCCAUGAUGAGUACGCUAGUCUCUCCUACUCAGGUUAGUUUUAUUCCUGGCCGAAAUAUUACUGACAAUAUUAUUGUAGCUCAAGAGCUUUUGCAUAAGUUUCGAAACUCCCGAGGGAACCUUGGGUUUAUGGCUUGGAAGAUUGAUCUUGCUAAAGUUAUGACAAGCUUCAGUGGCAUUUUAUUAAAAGUGUGCUAUGGGAAAGUCAUAAUUAAUGGAGAAGCCACUGAAAAUAUCAGUCCAGAGAGUGGGCUAAGGCAGGGUGAUCCUUUGUCCCCUUACCUGUUUGUCUUAUGUAUGGAGAAGCUUUCGCAUUUAAUUAAUUUUCAAGUAGAACAAGGCCAAGAAGUAAGCUUUGAAAAAUCCUCCCUUUUCUGUUCUCCAAAUACUGAGGAAGGGCUUGCUACUCAAUUAUCAGACAUUUGUGGUUCUCCAUUAACUGAUGACUUAGGGAAGUAUCUUGGAGUGCCUCUGCUACACUCAAGAGUUACCCCUGAGACUUAUAAAGGCCUAGUGGAGAAGGUCCAACUCAGACUCACUUCUUGGAAAAGUCAUACCCUUUCGAUGGCUGGGAGACACACCCUAAUUCAAUCGGUUACAGCUGGACUACCAAUUUAUACUAUGCAAUCAGUAAGACUUCCUAUGUCCAUUUGUAAUACUCUUGAUCGUUUGAACAUGAACUUUCUCUGGGGGCACAAUGAAGAACAGAAGAAAAUUCAUCUUGUGAAGUGGGAUACAGUCUGUAAACCUAAAUGUUACGGUGGCUUGGGUUUGAAGAAGACUUGUAUGAUGAAUCAGGCUGUGCUAGCUAAAACAGGAUGGAGGCUUUUGCAACGGGAACAAGAGUUGUGGGCCCAGGCUUUGAAUAAAAAAUAUCUCAAAGAUGAUUGCAUUUUGCGAAAGCUAACAUCACCUUUUCCUUCUAGUUCUAGUACAUGGAAAGGCAUCCUAUAUGGAGCGCAACUGCUCCCUCAGGGGUCUAAAUGGAGGAUUGGAUCUGGGACGCAAAUUUCCUUCUGGAAUGAUAAUUGGACAGGUCUUGGUGUUUUGGCUGCUACUGCUUUGAAGCCUAUUCCUCCCAAUCUCGAAGGGCUAAGAGUGUGUGAUGUUUAUUGUGGUGGAUGGGUUUUACACCGGGUGCAAGAAUUUCUAUCUGAGGAUGUGAAGUUAAAAAUUUUGAGUAUGCAUGCAGGAGGUAUUCGCAGUGGUGAUGACACGAUCAUUUGGAGGUUAUCUCAGAAUGGUAACUUUUCUGUUAAAACUGCUUAUCACUCUCUGUUUUUGAACUUGGAACAUCAACCAUGGCUAUGGAACUUUAUUUGGAAGCUUCAAAUCCCUCAUAAGGUGAAAACCUUUUUAUGGACCCUUGUGCAUGAUAGAUUGCUAACGAAUGACGGCAGAGUUCGUAGAGGCUUGGCUACUGAUACUCGUUGUCCUAGAUGCGGCUUCCCACUUGAAUCCUUGAACCAUCUUUUCAAAGACUGUAAUAUUUCUAUGAGGAUUUGGCCUGCCCUCCACCCUACAAGUGAGUUCUCCUCAUCUUACACUCUUCCUUUCAAUGAUUGGUUGCUUGUCAAUUUAAAAUCCUCUGUGAUAAUGCAAUACGAGGUUCCUUGGUGUUGUUAUUUUGCUAUGGGGCUUUGGUAUAUUUGGAAAUGGAGGUGUAGCAUCAUCAUGGAUCAUACUUUUAAUUUUCCAUUUUGGCCUAGUUUAAUCAUUCAUCAGUCUACCAGAGAUUACUUUGAAGCAAAUAUGAUUACACAUGCUAAACCCCCAAGACUGAUGGCUCAGCUGUGUUGGCAGUUUCCUCCUAAGGAUUGGUUUAAGUUAAAUGUUGAUGGUAGUUUUCACAAAAACACUGGGAUUAUCUGUGCUGGAGGAGCCCUUGGAAAUGAUAAGGGGGAAUGGAUGAAUGGUUUUGCUGUCAAGUUGGGCAUUGGUCAAGUUGUUGAGGCUGAACUUUGGGGGCUUCUUAAAGGAAUGGAAAUGGCUUGGCAGAAUGAGUGUAGACAAUUGAAAAUUGAAAUGGAUUCACUUGUUGCGGUUAAUUUGGUCCUCUCUCCCAUUGCUCAUCUCCAUCCUCUUUAUAGUAUUGUGGCAAGUUGUCAGGAACUCUUGAGUAGGGAUUGGAAUGUGUCCCUUAUCCAUGUUUACAGAGAAUGUAAUUCAGUGGCUGAUUUGUUAGCAAAUAUUGGGCAUGGUUUUGAGCCUGGAUGCAGAUUCUUUAGCUCUCCUCCUACUGAUGUUGUGCCUCUUCUGGAAGCUGAUCUAUUUGGUUUGUCCAAACCCAGAUUAAUUGUGUUUUAG